AACCAAGGUGCCAGUCUACACACAGCCUCUCCUCUACACGCUCCCACCAGUCAUGGCUGUCGGGAAGAACAAGGGCCUUAACAAAUCGGGCAAGAAGGGGUCUAAGAAGAAGGUUAUUGACCCCUUCACCCGCAAGGACUGGUAUGAUGUCAAGUCCCCUGCACUCUUCUUUAACAGAAAUGUUGGCAAGACCCUCGUUAACAGAACUCAGGGCACAAAGAUUGCCUCAGAAGGCCUGAAGGGUCGUGUGUUUGAAGUGUCCCUUGCUGACCUUCAGAAUGAAGCAGAUGCUGAAAGAAGUUUCCGUAAGUUCCGCCUUAUUGCAGAAGAAGUACAAGGCAAGAAUGUUCUCUGCAACUUCCAUGGAUUUAAUUUGACAACUGAUAAGCUUCGUUCCAUGGUUAAGAAAUGGCAGACUUGCAUUGAGGCCAAUACAGAUGUCAAGACAACUGAUGGCUACAUCCUUCGUGUUUUCUGCAUUGGGUUCACUGAAAAGGUUACAAGCCAAACCAGGAAGACCGCCUAUGCCCAACACACUCAAGUAAAGAACAUCCGCAAGAAAAUGGUGGAUAUCAUCACUCGUGCUGUAGCCAGUAGCGAACUAAAGGAAGUUGUCAACAAGCUCAUCCCCGAUUCAAUGGCUGAUGAUAUUCGCAAGGCUUGUAACCUUAUUUAUCCCCUGAAGGAAGUACAUAUUCGCAAGGUAAGUCUUUUAACCUGUUCUGAAAAGCCACGAUUUGACCUGGGAAAGUUGCUCGAGAUGCACGGCGAGAGUGGGAAAUCCGCUGCCACCACUGGUGAGGAUGUUGGCAAGGUGGACCGCCCUGACAAUUAUGAACCACCUGUUCAAUCCAAGGUCUAAAUAAAUGUAAAGAGUUUGAA